GCGAUCGAUCACGUCAUUCCACACCCUCGCUGAACUCAUCCAUCAAGUUCUUAUUAUCUUACCAACACCAACCUGCGAUCAAUCCACUCCAACAAGCUGCCUCUUGUCGCCCUCUCUGUGUUACAAUCAUGCUCCUUGUCGAAUUCGCCACUCGGCUCAACGAUCACCAUCCUCAACUGGCAAAGAUUCUCACUCUUCCUAACCUAAUUCAUUUCGUCAAUCUUGCUAGCGAGGUCUAUCAGCGAGCCAACAAAGCCCUCAAAUUGUCUUCUGUUGACACUCGAAUCAUACCCUUCCUACAUCUUGCCUUGUCGCUCCCGAUUGAAAUUGGUGAUUAUGAAGCCCUUUGGAACCUCACGUUUGCUUCGCUACCCGCCGCUCACAACGAUCCAGUCGCCCUAAUCCGGACGCACGGCCUGGACCCAAGUUUAAAGCCAAAGGUAUACGAAAAAUACUUCAUUCCCCCUAUCUCUCAAUGCUUCAAGUGUAACCGCCGUUCUGCGCACAGCCUUGUCCAACGACCUCGCAGGAAUGGCUAUCUGUACGAUCUGGAUGGCAUCCAUUCUGCUGAGUUUCACACCUGGGCUUGUUUAGAUUGCAAAACCUACUACCGCCCGUCGUAUUAUACACACGAAAAGGUCAGGCAUUACUACACUCCAGAUCAGGGAAUGGACCCGCUUCACUACCAGGUGCAUUGUCACUUUGGGUUCUCUCAUCGACUUGCCCAAGCCUUCUGGCAAUCCCAGAUGCUGGGCCAUACAUCUCAUUUCAACCUAGUCAACCUUUUCAACCUUACGUACUUUAAUGGUCAGCAAGUGCCCAAGCACCCAGAAGCCGUCUCGAUAUCACCUAAGAUAUCGCAAGAACUGGUUCGCGAUGCGCUGGACCUCUUCAGUUU